AUGCAUCAUGUUCCGCACGAAAGCCCUGCAUCGAACUCAACAAACACUAGGCCUUCAUUGACGCCGGUCAACAGCAGCUCCCUACCGCCAAGCAACAACAUCCCGACUUCGAGAAAUGGAAGCAUUGAUGGCUUCCGUCCUAGUUCAGCAGGUGUCCCUCCUGAUCCGGUCUCCAAUGCUCCACGGGAGCAGACUCAUCCUCGGACGCUGAAGGAAGUCGAAGUCACGGCCACUGCGGUGGAUGACUGCUUCCGCCUGUUCUUCACGAAGUAUGCUCCACAUAUGCCAGCAGUAGAGGGGCCGAUGGAGCCAAACGAAUGCUACAACCAGUCGCGAUAUCUGUUUUGGACGAUUAUGACCAUUGGUUCACGCAAAUAUCCACGAGAUCCGACCCUACUAUCGCAGCUUACGCCACCAAUAGUGGAGAUGACCAAGAACGCAGCCUUCGCGAUCGAGAAGUCGCUUCACACAAUUCAAGCCUUCAUGCUGCUGUGUACUUGGCCCAUACCGCAUUCGUCGAUCGGCAAGGAUAUCACUCACGUGCUGUCUGGUGUAUUGCUUCAGCAUGCAUUAAGCGUUGGCAUGCAUAUUUUCGGCGUCGGGCAAGACUUUGCGCGCAUCAAGUUGACGGCAGAUCGGUCCCAACUGUAUGCGAGAGCAAGACUUUGGGCACUUUGCAUAGUUGUUUGCCAGAGAGUGAGCUGCACAGACGGCGUGCCUCCGGUAUACAUUCCCGAUAACUAUGACCACAGUUACUGCCAAGCCCAGUCGUUGAACGCACUCCAGCCGGCUUUGAGGUUUCAGAAGACCUUGAGUCGCAUUCUGACGGAGUCCAUUCUGGAGCUGGAGAGAUAUGCGCUUUCGAAACCCAUGGCACAGCGAGGGCCGGUCCUCAAUCCAUUCAUCGAUGCUGCAUCGCUCACCUUGGCCGACCUUGAACCCGAGUGUCCGGCUGACAUCGACCGAUUCUACCUCAUUUCGGCAGAGCUUCAGAUCCUAUCAUUCCAUCUCCUGGGUCCGAGGGAGUCGCUCGAUGAUGCGAAGCUAGCAAGGAUGCACAGCCUCAGUUGCGAUGCCAUCGAAUUGAUGAAUAUCUUGGAAAGAAACGAAGGUUUCUGCGAUCAUGCGCCGCUCGCAGCUAUGAAAUACCUUUGCACUGCCGCUUUCACUCUGCUGAAGCUGUCACGGUCGCAUAUGGCAGCGAAUGUGGACUCGGAAAGGGGAAAGGCCGCGUACUUCACCUCGAUCUCGCUCGCUCGUAAGACAGCAGUGGAACCGGAGGACAUCAUGGCGAGACUAGCCAAGAUCCUGACACAACUCUGGAACAGUAAGCAAGUCUUCCGAAAGUCGGAUGGCACCACAGAUCCUCUGUCAUUGCGCUGCGGCAGCAGAUUGGCAAUGAGUAUACCUUACGAUUGCUUCUGGUGGUGGCGCUCGGAAUUUGCUGGCAUCGAAAACCCGUACGAAGAUCAACAAGCCAACGCAGCUCAUGCUGGCGUUUCGCCGGAGUCUUUUCAAAAUCUGGUAUGGCUGCAAGAGUCAUUCCCGGAAUUUGCGUGGCCGACGAUGGAAGAUCUUGUUUCGAUGGACUGGCCGUCUGAGCCAAUUUCAAUACCGGCACCCUCCACGGGAUCCGGUGCCCGCAGCAGUGGUCCGAUGCCCGAGAUGAACUCGAUCUGGAUGUAG